AUGUUCGUAAAGGAGCAAAGUCCGCCUCCUCCAAAGGCCGUCAAUAUCGUUCGUCCUUCAUCGCCGUUAUUCAACUAUUUCAGACGUCCCAUGUCGCCCCAUCAUGUCAAUCAACCCAUGCACGAUGCUUCACACUCAUCGUCCACGGCUUCAUCGUCCCCGUCUACAUUGUCUACACUAUCGACCGCUUCGUCGACAUCCUCGUCCUCGUCUCAUCGAGUCCAGCCCACGAUUUUCAGUCCUUCUAGUUUCUCGUCUGGUUUAUCCUUCUUUAACCAUACUCCGCCCACUUGGUCACCUUACGGAUCAGGGCAAUUUCCAUCACCGCCGCCCUCCUCCGCCGCUUUCGUCGUCAACAAAGUCUCUUUGCCACAGCGACUUUUACAACGUCCUAGAAGUUAUUCCAACCUAUUAAAGUCCACGCUGCCCACGAUUGCGCCUGCGGAUACCAGUGAUGAUGAACAGGAUCAGGAAGAGUCCGACUUGCAAAGCUUAGAUGGUGAUACAGACCAUGACUCCACUCCACUGUCAUCAGAAGAAGAAUAUAGCGAGGAAAAGGACAACGAGAGCGAAGACGAAGAUGAUACAGACAGUUACGAUAAUGAAAGUGAAGACGUUGACCCACCGGCAAAAACAGUCGUUAAAAUCAAACACGGUACCAUCAUGAACGGCAAAGGUGAAUUUCUAUCAAAGGGCGAACCGGAUGAUUAUGCAGCAUGGUUGGAUGAAGCCAGGGCUCAUCGAAAAAUCGCCGACCUCGAAAUUGAAAAGACAUCUCUCUUGGCUUUAAAUACGACACUUGAAGCCACCGUACGACGACAGGCCGCCCAAAUUACUGAACUCCAGAAGCGUUUGAUGAUGAAUGACGGGCCGUUAACCCCAGUAUCAGAUAAAGCACCCGAGUCACCUGGAUUACCUGAAACAUCCAUGGCGUCUGACGUGUUGACGGAUGAGGAAAUAGAAAAUGAUCAAGUAUUUCAGCGAUUACGGUCCAUGUUGCAAGGGUUGAUCGAGCAAGCCGAAGUCGCGUUACUGCAAAAGACCAAAGCCAGUGGUAAAGUACUGACUCAUUACGACCCGCAUGACGGUGAAGAGUCAUCGUACCCUGACAAACUCAACCUAAAAGAUCUAAUAAGCAAUGAACGAUCUAUGCCCCCAAGUAUAAGCCCAGCUAACAGUACGAUAUCCAAUCGUCAACAACAGCGACCUUCACGCCGUGGAUCACAGGGAACCACACCGACGCGUCCUCGACCACAAUCGCUUAUUGCUCAUGAACCACCCAAAAGGACCCCUAUGCAACGAUCGCUCUCACGUGCGUCCUCUCCAGCCAUCUUGGUCACGACGACUCGUCCUUACAGUCCACCGUUGCAACGCACAUCACCACGAUCAACCGCUAGACCUUCACAUCUGAGAAGAAGUCAAGAUUUUGAACAACCGAAAUGGCAGCAUUGA